CCUGUUUUUUUUUUUCUUUAAAAAAAAAAAGAAUUUGGGGAUCUUUUUCUGAUACAUCUUGUGAGAUUUUUUGUAUUUUUUCUUCGGUGUUUUUUUCGAUUUAAAAACGUGGGUAUUUUUCCUUUUUUGGUUAUGUUGAUGUUUUCAUUUUUAUUUUUAUUUUCUUGAUCUUGUUUUUGUGGAUUAUUGUUGUUUUUUUCUGUUAUUUUCUGAUGAAUUUAUAACAUAUAUAUUUUUUUGGGUUGAUAGAUUUGUUCUUGAAAUUUUAUUUUGUGGGUGUCUUGAUUUUGAUCAUUUGAAGUGAUCUGAUGCAGGAAAUCGGCUUUUCUCACCAAAUUCACCAUCGAAAGAAUCCGGCAUUGCAUUGAGGAUUUAUAGGUAGAGAUUCGAAACAAGUUGUUGAAAAAUUCGAAAUUGAUAUUAAAUAUAAAAUGGCAGCAGUGGUUCUUAGGGGCAGUAGUCAAAUAUCAUCUCCGAUUUCAGUUCAAGAAAAAGGAAGUAGGAAUAAAAGAAAAUACCGAGCUGACCUGCCUCUUGUUGAUCAAAACAAACUCCUCCCAUCUCAAUCUGAAUGCCCCGCUUAUGAAAUCUCCAUUGAGAAAUCCCAAAACAAUCCUAGUGCCGAACGAAAUGGUGUCUGUGGUUUGCCUAGUUCGAGUCAAGGCCAGCUCGACGUGUUCAAAUCCGAUCUUAGAUCAACGGGUUCCGGUGGGUCAUCUGAUAGAAAGGACCUAGAAGUCGAAGAAUUCCAGGACGUGGAUUGGAGCGAUCUUACGGAGACCAUGCUAGAAGAACUCGUUUUGAGCAAUUUGGAUAUGAUUUUCAAAAGUGCAAUUAAAAAGAUCACUUCUUUUGGUCAUAGUGAGGAGGUUGCUACAAAAGCGGUAUUGAGGUCUGGCCUUUGUUAUGGAUGUAAGGAUACCGAAUUGAAUAUUGUGGACAGUACGUUAGCAUUUCUGAGGAGCGGGCAAGAGAUAGAUACUUCGAGGGAGCAUUCUUUCGAUGAUUUGCAGCAACUGGAGAGGUAUGUAUUGGCGGAGAUGGUAUGCGUGCUUAUGGAAGUUAGGCCAUUCUUCAGCACAGGGGAUGCAAUGUGGUGCUUGCUGAUUUGUGACAUGAAUGUGUCUCAUGCCUGCAUGAUGGAUGGUGAUCCGAUGAGUAGUUUAAGCAGUGAUGAUAAAGUGGAUUGUUCUUCUGUUUCUACUGUUCAACAGAUCAAAUCAGAUGGUGGUGAUUCCAUCACAAGCAUCCCUGGGCCUAUUGUUCUGAGACCCAACAGACUGAAUCCUUUCUCCGGUGCAUCGGGCAAUGCCUCUGAUGUUGUUCCUGAUCGGCUAAUUCCUGAGAAAGGAAGUUCAAUUUCUUCAGUUGACUCUGUGGCGGAAUCCUCGGCUGUUACUGAGGAUUGCAUUCCGUCAGUCUCUCCAUCAUCUUCACUGGAAGAGAAGUCGGGGAGUAGCGAAAGGAGCCGCACAAAUAGUUCAAGGAAAGAACCUAUCCAUCAUCAGAAAUCAAGUCAUCUCGAGAAGCACUUGCGACAUGGAGCUAAAGGGGCUUUGAAGACGGGGAAGCUCAGCAGCUUUGGUGGCUUGUUCUUAGAUAAGAAAUGCAAGUCCAUUUCUGAAUCCAAUGCUCUGAAUUUGAAGAAUCCUUCCUCAAAGCUAAGUAGAGCCGUGGGAACGGAUGUGUUUCAAGCUGAUGGAAAUACCAACCUUUCCAUAAAGGUGGGGCCAACCAGUGACUCCGUGUCCAGCUCAAAACCAGUCAGUGGUUCACCUGCCUUGCCCGUGGCUAAUACCGAUCUGUCUUUGUCGUUGCCUUCUGAAAACAGCAGUACUACUGAGAAUGGGAGUUUUAGCUAUGCCGGAAUUUCAUGUGACAAGAGCUUUGGGCAGUUGGUUCCGCGUGAUAAGCAGGACGAGGCACUGCUGAAGUUGGCCCUGCGUGUGCAGGUGCUGCAGAAUCAGAUGCAAGAGUGGACGGAGUGGGGCACACAGAGGGUGAUGCAGGUGACCUGUAAGCUGAGCAAGGACAAUGCCGAGCUCAAAACCCUGAGGCAAGAGAAAGAAGAGGCAGUCCGUGUCAAGAAGGAGAAACAAACACUGGAAGAGAACAACAUGAAAAAGCUCUUGGAGAUGGAGAAUGCAUUAUGCAAAGCUAGUGGCCAGGUUGAGCGGGCUAAUGCAGAUGUUUGCAGGCUUGAGGUGGAGAAUUCCGAAUUGAGGAAGGAUAUGGAGGCUGCCAAGUUAUGGGCUGCAGAAUCGGCCGCUAGUUUUCUAGAAGUUUCUCGAAGGGAGAAGAAGAUGUUGAAGGAAUUCGAAUCAUGGGAGAGGCGGAAGGCCAUGUUUCAAGAAGAGCUGGUGGCUGAGAAGCGUAAGCUAUCUCAACUGCAGCAGCAAGUAGAGCAAGCUAAAGAUUAUCAAGCUCAACUUGAGGCAAGAUGGAGACAGGAGGAGAAGGUAAAAGAAGAAGCACUCAUGCAGGCUAAUUCUGUAAGAAAAGAAAGAGAACAGAUUGAGGUCUCGGCGAAAACAAAGGAAGAAACAAUAAGAUUAAAAGCAGAAAGCGAUUUCCAAAGUGACAGAGAUGAUAUUUGGAGACUUGAGAAGGAGAUUGCCCAGUUGAGGCUGAAGACUGACUCUUCCAAAAUAGCAGCACUCCGUCGGGGCAUAGAUUGUACUUAUGCUUCCCGAGUGAUGGAUGGUAGGAGCAUCUCUGCUCUUAAGGAGACCCACACACAUCAUAUUUCUGAGAUGGCUAAUUUUGAGGAUUGGGGAGUGGGAGACGUCCGACGUGAGCGGGAGUGCGUCAUGUGCUUGACCGAAGAGAUGUCCGUCGUUUUCCUGCCCUGUGCCCACCAAGUUGUUUGCCCAAACUGCAACGAACUUCAUGAGAAAAAUGGAAUGAAGGAUUGCCCUUCUUGUAGGACUCCUAUUCAGCGGCGAGUUUGUGUACUCUCUGCUGACUCUAAGCCGACAUCUACUGCUGUCUGAACUGGGUCAAGUAAAAGAAUCUAAAUAAUGUUGUGUGGGAUUUGGGAGCAUGUGAUGCAUCUGAGGUUGUUUGUUGUGAGUCGUAACCUCCGAUUGCCUUAAUAAUUGCGAGUUAUUCUUGUUUAUGAUCUUUGAUAUGCCUUUGAGCUUUUCAAUAUUUGAGAGAAAUUCUUGCAAACGACUUUUUGUAUACGAGUUCCUACAGAAAACGGGCAGACAUGCACAAGAUCGGGACCAGUCAUCGAGCAAGCCACGAGAAGGCCACUUCAUAUAUUGAUAGUGGCCCAUUGGGCAAUUCUAAAUAUGUAAUUUCAACAGGCCUAAAAGUGGGAGGUCAACUGGUUUCCAAUCCAUCCAAUUGAGGUUUUGCUGAUACCAACUAAAAAGUAUUAGAUGGAAUUGUAAUUACUACAAAUAUUGGUCAUUUCUUACUGUUCGAUGCUUUUCAA